AUGGCUGAAAGCAGCAGUACCGAUGCUGGCGCUCCGAACCUGAAUCUCGGCCCCGACGAGAAACGAGUCUACGGCCAGCUGUUCCGACAAGCAGACACCGAGAGCGUCGGGGUGGUCACCGGAGAGAUCGCCGUCAAGUUCUUCGAGAAGACCAGACUGGACUCGAGGAUACUCGGGGAAAUCUGGCAGCUCGCCGACCAAGAGAACCGAGGCUUUCUCACCCCAGCCGGCUUCGGUAUCGCACUGCGCCUGAUCGGCCAUGCUCAGGCCGGUCGCGAACCCACACUACAAGUUGCUCUACAGCCAGGCCCCAUCCCACGAUUCGAUGGCUUUACGCCCGCCCCUCCUCCGCUCGCUCCCGCGCCCACUGGCUCCCCUCAGCCCAUCUCAGCCCAGGGCACCGGGAACGCCCCGAUUCGAAUCCCUCCCCUGACCCCAGACAAGGUCGCGCAGUAUGCUGGCCUCUUCGAGCGCCAACAAUUACAACCUGGCAACCUCCUCGGUGGCGAGCAGGCGAGACAGAUCUUCGAGAGGUCGAAUCUUCCCAACGAGACACUGGGCCGCAUCUGGCAGCUCGCCGAUACGGAGCAGAGGGGCGCGCUCGUGCAGACCGAGUUCGUCAUCGCCAUGCACCUGCUGACCAGCAUGAAGUCUGGUGCGCUGAGAGCUCUUCCCAACAUCCUCCCGGCGCCUCUGUACGAAGCUGCCACGCGGCGUGGCUCUACGGCCGGACGGCCGCAGAGCCCAAGUGGCCCAACAGCGCCAAUCUCGGCGAUUCCCCGCCAGCUUAGUGGGCAGGCCGGGCACCAAAUCCCCAUGCGAACAGCCUCUCCGUUGGCAGGUGGCCAUGGAAGGUCUCCUCUGGCGCCCCAAUCCACCGGCGAUGCGUGGUUGAUCACGCCAGGCGACAAGCAGCGAUUCGACGUUAUCUACGACAGCCUAGACAAGACCAAGAAAGGUUUCAUUACAGGUGAAGAGGCGGUUCCGUUCCUGAGCCAGUCCAAUCUCCCAGAAGCUGCCCUUGCGAAUAUCUGGGAUCUCGCCGAUAUCAGGUCAGAGGGCCGUCUCAACCGGGAUGAGUUCGCCGUGGCCAUGUAUCUGAUCCGGCAGCAACGUAUGAAACAAGGAGAAUUGCCGCAAGUGCUCCCAGCAAACCUCAUACCGCCUAGUAUGCGCGCUCAAGCACGCCCAUCUACAGCUACCAAUGCUUUCGAUGCGCCACCCCAACAACAAACCCCAGUCCAACAACCACCACCACCGAAGCCAGUAUCCGCUCUUGAUGACCUGUUUGGACUCGAAUCUGCGCCUAGUUCUGCCACAGCAUCUCAGGGCCCUGCACCCACAUUAAAUGACCCAUUUGCAGGUAGCGCGAGUCCUCUCGCACCUUCAUCGCCAGCCCGGGCUUCACCGACAGCGACAUCUGGCUUCAAGCCUUUUGUUCCUUCUUCGUCGUUUGGCCGGUCGUUGAACCCUCAAGCCACGGGCGGGUCGGCAUCCGGCUCUUUCCCGCAACCCGCUCCGCCUCAGCCUUCAGUGGCAGAAGAUCUGUUGGGUGAUUCGGAGCCUCAAACUCAGGCCAAAGGCAAUGAUAUGAACGAGACGAUGGAGCUUGCGAACCUGUCGAAUCAGAUCGGAACUCUUUCGAAAUCCAUGCAGGAUGUGGCAGGGCAACGUAAUGCCACACAGAAUGAGCUCACUCAGACCUCCCAGCAGAAGAAGAACUUCGAGCAGCGCCUCGCUCAGCUUCGCACUCUCUAUGAGAACCAGGCGAAGGAGGUGCGGGAGUUACAAGACAAGCUCAAUGCCUCCCGCAAUGAGACGAAGAAGCUUCAGGCGGAGAGCCUUGCUCUCGAUGGCACCCUUCAUGAUCUGCAGACUCAAUAUCAAACAGUCGCGACAGCUUUGCAGGCUGAUCAGCAGGAGAACGCCAAUUUGAAAGAAAAGAUAAGGGCUGUCAACGCGGAGGUGGCUUCUCUCAAACCCCAGAUCGAGAAGCUCAAGUCCGAAGCCCGACAGCAAAAGGGGUUGGUCGCCAUCAACAGGAAGCAGCUGACGACUAACGAGGGUGAGCGCGACAAGCUCAAGACAGAGGCUGAAGACCUCACGAAGGAGAAUGCCGAGCUGGCAAGACAGCUCAGCCAAAGCCCGCCGCCGAAUCCUCCGCCGCAAGUUGCUAGUCCUGCCCUCAGUAAUGCCAGUGGUAGCAACCCUUUCUUCCGGAGGACUGGCAGCACAGACAUGAUGGGCGCUUUCGCCAGCCCCGGCGCGCCCAAGACAUACAACGACAAGUCCUUUGACGAUGUCUUUGGUCCUGCAAUCCCAGCUUUCAAGCCUCAGACCACAGGGGCCUCGGCCGCUAGCACCGGGUCGUUCGCCACGCCCACAUCAAAUAGCCCCAAUGUGAGCAGGAACCCGACCUUUGCGAGUGAAGCGUCCACAACAACCCCUGUCCCGCCUGAGCCGCGUCAAGUUUCAACUCCCGCUGGAGAAGUACCUCCCCCUGCCCCUCUUGAGGCCACCGCCACGGGAGGCUCGACUGCAGAGGCCAAGGCGCCGGAAGCGAAGGUCGCCGAUCCUGGCUCUUUCUUUGACGGUGCGAAGGCGGAUCCUCCCGCUGCGUCCGGUGGGGACCCCUUUUCGGCGAUGGAUGAAGCCAGGGCCAAGGAUGACUUCGAGAGCGCCUUCGCCAGUUUCAAGAACUCGAAAGCACCAAGCGCCGCACCAGAGGAUUCAUCGGCGCCGGAACAGCCCAAGGCUCGGUCGGCUUUCGACUCGGAGUUUCCACCCAUUUCCGAGCUCGAAAAAGACGACGAUUCCGAUUCUGAAGAUGACCAAGGUGGUUUUGAUGACGACUUCGCUCCAGCAAGCCCUCCUCCCAACCCGACGGCUAAGCCAGAGUCGCCGUCUCUGGCCAAGGCAGUCUCUCCAGAUGCACCAGCUGCCGGAUCCGAGGAAACAGCUAAGGAGACAGCGGAUGACAUGUUCGGUAGCGCCCCACCUCCUGGCAGCUUCCCCGAGCCCGAGCAGGCGCCAAGCACGGAAAACCCGGCUGCUGCCGGCAGUGACGCCACGACGGCAGGAAUGUCGAAGCAAAGCUCUACCUUCGAUGAUCUCGAUGAUGAUUUUGCCGAUCUCGAGGAUGCCAAGGAGGGUUCGGCCGACGACGACUUCCAAACCAUUAGUAGGUCGGGGCUUGACGACUUCAACGCCACUUUCGACAGUCCUCCACCAGCAGCCAGGAGUGACGCGACAGCAGCUCCCCCGGGCAGCAGCCACGGCCCUGCAGCCCCUUUCAGCAACGAGAGCACAUUCGACUUUGCCAGCAUCGACAACGCCGCCUCCCAGACAUCCGCCGCGGCUCCGACCGAGGGCGCCUCUAAGGGCCCUACACAGCCGGACAACCACGAUUGGGACGCCAUCUUCGCCUCGCUUGAUGACGCACCGCCGGCAAAGACGUCAGCAAGCCCACCGCCGCCAGGCAGUGCAGGCAGCGGAGCGGCCCCGCCUGCGGCAGCCGCAGCAACUGAGCCCGGCAAGGAGGCUGGGAACAAUGGACUUCUCACUGGGCCGAGGCCAAAUGCGCCGGGCAGGGCUCUCACGGAGGACGGCGAGCACGACGACCCGAUUCUGAAGAACCUGACCAGUAUGGGCUACAGUAGGGGAGACGCGCUUAAUGCGCUGGAGAAGUACGACUACAACCUGGAAAGGGCCGCUAACUACCUGGCCUCUCAGUCAUGA